CUAAACUGACACACGUCGAUCACGACUCAGACUCACCUGGCCACUCAGCAUCACCUGACUUUGCCAUAACAACUCGACGAUACAAAGCCACCUCUUUGCUUCGUCACAUCCACAUCAACAUAAGCCAGCUUCCUUACCUGCUGUGGCCAGUUCCCUCAGCCAAAAUGUUGUCUAACAUCAUCGUUCCGGCCAUCGCUGCCGCUACCCUGUUCAACGGCGUCGACGCUGCCAGCCGUCACCGACACAUGCACAAGAAGGAUAUUGUCUACGCCGCCACCGAGGUCGAGAUCGAGACUGUCUACGAGACCGUCACUGUCAUCGCCGGCGAGGAGCAAACUGCCGCUGCUGUUGCUGUGGCUGCCACCAGCACCGCCUCGGUCCAGUCCUUCUACGCUGCCGCCCAUCCCUCUGCCGCGACCACCCCCACCGCUGCUGCUGCUGCUGCCGCCACCACCUCAACCUACGCCGUUGUAGCUGAGCCUACCGUUGCCUCCAGCCAGACCACCUUGGCCACCGCUGUCAAGUCUGACGCUGCUGUCGACGUCCAGAAGCCCACCACAACUGCUCAGGCCACCACGGCUGUUCCUACCACCUACGCCGUCUCUACCACCAGCGAGGCCGCCGCGACUACAUCUACCAAGGCUGCCUCCACCAGCUCUUCCAGCAGUGGCAGCACUGGCGGCAAGCGAGGUCUUGCCUACAACGAUGCCACUCUCGUCUCUACCAUCAUCUCCGCUGCUUCCGCCACCUUCGGCUGGUGCUAUGAUUGGGGUUUCACCAACGGUGGUUUGACUGCCAACCUCGAGUACAUUCCUAUGCUCUGGGGGCCCACCCACUACGACUCCUCUUGGGACACUGCUGCCGCCGCCGCUGUUUCCGACGGCGUCACUGCCCUGUUCAGCUUCAACGAGUGUGACAAUGCUGGUCAGGCCAACUUGGAUGCUGCUACUGCCGCUAGCUACCACACCCAGUACCUCGGCCCCUACAAGGGUCAGAUCAAGAUUGGCGCCCCCUCCAUCACCAGCAGUGAAUCCACCGGCCUAGGCCUCUCCUGGUUGUCUGAGUUCAUGAGUGCUUGUGGCAGUGACUGUGCUGUCGACUUCGCCAACUUGCACUGGUAUGGUCCUGGUGGCGAGGCAGGUGCCCAAGAGUUCAUCAGCUACCUUGUAAAGGCUAACGCCCAGACCGGCCUCCCCGUUUGGGUCACUGAGUUCGGUGUAACCUCUGGUGAUGAGGAGGCUUUCCUGACCUACGCCCUGGAUCAGCUUGACAACAACUCCACCUUGAGCUUUGUCGACAACUACGCCUACUUCUACCUCUCUACUGGCUACUUGAUGUCCUCGACCUCCAGCCUCAGCUCCGCUGGCAGCAUCUACGCUUCCGCAUCAUAGAGGACUUUGAGCGAAGAAACCAGCCAUCUUCUUUUCUUGUACCACUUCUAAGGGGGGCAAUCUCGCAUUUGGGAUGGCGUGACAAAAUUUGACUUCAUGUGUACAUAUUUGAAAGGGCCUACAACCAGAGGCAAGCCCGGAUAUCUGGUCUUGGAGUCUUCCAUAGGAUUUCGGAUUGUUUUGACUUAGAUGGGCAGGAAAUCUCAGGAUCAAGGAUAGAUUCAUGAGUUUACGACUUGACACGAAUGAAUUGCGUUGCAUUGUGA